CCCACACCCCCCCGCCCCCUGACAGCUGCUUCUUGGGCCUCUUCCUCUAAGCCCUGUCUCCCCUCUCCGAGCUUGGCUGAACUUAAGGCAGCCUGAUCCCUCUGGUUCUUGUCCUUACACCCCCAGCAAGACCCCAUGAGUCAUGGGGGCAAGGAGCAGGCCCAACCCCAGAUGAGAGCAGGGGCUGGGGUUGCCCCUCCACUUGCAAUUCUUUUUCCACCUGAAGCCGGGCCAGUCCUGUCCAUCCUCCUGCCUGGAUCCCCUGGACUGCCCCCCACUUCCCCAGGAUCAGACCUGGGGGCAGCUGGUUGGGGCUUGUCCAGAAGAAGGAUUAUCCAGAUCAGUCCCUUCUAAUCUCAGCUCCUGCCUGCACCCUCCCCAUGCUCACCAUAACCCUCUCCCCCCACCACCCCGAGCUAAGCGACACUUCUUCAGGUAUUGACAGUGGACCGUCUCUCAGUCUCAUUCUCUGGCUCCUGGACUGGUUGCUAGGUAGGCCCUGACCCCCAAGAUCAUGACCAGUGAUGGGGCCAGGGCCUGGGGGCCACUGGGGUGGUGGUUGCUCCUGCUCCUUUGCACCCCUCCCAAACCCAGCCCUUAAUCCUCACAGCUUUGCUCUAAUUCCAUGGGGCCUGAUGCUCUGCUCUCUGCCUAGAGAGACUGGUCAGGGAGGCACCCCCCCCACCCCCUCCUCCCUCCAGGGCUUGCUGUGGGGAGCUGCUCCUCUCUAUAGAGCCCCCUCCACCCUCCCCCGCCCUCCCCCCCACUCCCCCCCACCCCAGCCCUGGGCUGGGCCCAAGUCUCUCUGGAAGCCACAUGCCUCCCUCCCUGUCCUCCCCCCAGCUGAUUUCAUUUGCCUGACGUCAUUGGCCCUACCCUUCCCUGUCAGUGCCCCCCCCCGCGCGCCCCGUGCCCCUUCCAGUCGGGGCCAGGCCAGGCCAGCUCCUCUGGCAGCAGAGCUGGGGCAGGUGACGGGCGGGUGUCGCAGCUGAGGGAGUGAGGAGGCGUCCGCAACCGGAGCUGGAAGCCUAGAAGAGGUCCAGUCAGAGCCCAACAGGAGCCCGAGCCGCCCCUCAACCUGUCAGCCAUGGGGGAGAUGGAGCAGCUGCGGCAAGAAGCGGAGCAGCUCAAGAAGCAGAUUGCUGAUGCCAGGAAAGCCUGUGCCGACACUACUCUGGCAGAGCUGGUAUCUGGUCUAGAGGUCGUGGGACGAGUCCAGAUGCGGACCCGGCGGACCUUGCGGGGACACCUGGCCAAGAUCUAUGCCAUGCACUGGGCCACCGACUCCAAGCUGCUGGUAAGUGCCUCGCAAGACGGGAAGCUGAUCGUGUGGGACACAUACACCACCAACAAGGUGCAUGCCAUCCCCCUGCGCUCCUCCUGGGUCAUGACCUGUGCCUACGCCCCGUCAGGGAACUUCGUGGCAUGUGGGGGGCUGGACAACAUGUGCUCCAUCUACAGCCUCAAAUCCCGGGAGGGCAACGUCAAGGUCAGCCGGGAGCUCUCUGCUCACACAGGUUAUCUCUCCUGCUGCCGCUUCCUGGACGACAACAACAUUGUGACCAGCUCUGGGGACACCACAUGUGCUCUGUGGGACAUCGAGACUGGGCAGCAGAAGACCGUGUUCGUGGGACACACGGGAGACUGCAUGAGCCUGGCUGUCUCUCCGGACUUCAAACUCUUCAUUUCGGGAGCCUGUGACGCCAGCGCCAAGCUCUGGGAUGUGCGAGAGGGGACCUGCCGGCAGACCUUCACGGGCCACGAGUCCGACAUCAAUGCCAUCUGCUUCUUCCCCAACGGAGAGGCCAUCUGCACGGGCUCGGACGACGCCUCCUGCCGCCUGUUUGACCUGCGGGCAGACCAGGAGCUGACCACCUACUCCCACGAGAGCAUCAUCUGCGGCAUCACAUCUGUGGCCUUCUCCCUCAGCGGCCGCCUGCUCUUCGCUGGCUACGACGACUUCAACUGCAACGUCUGGGACUCCAUGAAGUGCGAGCGUGUGGGCACCCUCUCUGGCCACGACAACAGGGUCAGCUGCCUGGGGGUCACAGCUGAUGGGAUGGCUGUGGCCACUGGUUCCUGGGACAGCUUCCUCAAAAUCUGGAACUGAGGAGGCUGGAGGAGGGGGAAGAAAAAGACACGAAGACACUCAGCUGCCCCCUCCCCUGCCCAAUUUCUUGAAGGUUUCUUAAGAUUUUCUCUUCUACACCCCAGCUGCCAUUCCUGCCCAGCUUUCCCCUUGGAGGGCUGUGGGGAGUAUGGGGAGUGUGCCUUCGGGAGGCAGCAUCAGGGACAAGGGCAGGGAACUGCCCCAUCUCCUCCCAUGGCCUCCCCUCUCCAUGGUCCUGACAGCUUCUCCCUUAAGGAGCAGAGACAACAGACCCCCGCCCCGCCUCGGCAGGCCCACAGGACUUCCUGUCUGAGGCCCCAGGCCCAGGAUUCCACCCCUAGGGCCACCACCUUGAUCUAGACCUGGGUGGCACGGGGUGCCUGGCCCUGUGACUAUGGUUCUGGCACCACGAGGGCCCUGGUCACCCUCUCCUUCAUGCUUUCUUCUUUGUCCACCUUCUUAUUUCUCUUCAAGCACCUGCAAUAAAGUGUAGCGCCCUGGUC